AUGCAGCCUACGCCCGACUUUCAGAAGCAAGGCGUUCUCGACACUGACCCGUGGCUGGAGCCGUUCGUCCCGGCCAUCGAGCACCGCUACGGCGUCUUCAAGAGCUGGCGCGACAACAUCCAGCAGCACGAGGGCGGCUACGAAAAGUUCACCAAGGGCUACGACAAGUUCGGGUUCAAUGUCCAGCCCGACAACUCCAUCACAUACCGCGAGUGGGCGCCCGGCGUCAAGGAGGCCAAUUUAAUUGGCGACUUCAACGACUGGAACAGGAUCAGCCACCCGCUCACGCGCAACGAGUACGGUGUCUGGGAGAUGACAAUCCCACCCACCGCGGACGGCCAGCCCGCGGUCCCGCAUGACAGCAAAAUCAAGAUAUCGAUGAUUGCGGGAACGGGCGAACGCAUCGAGCGCCUGCCUACCUGGAUAAGACGCGUCACACAAGAUUUGAAUGUAUCCCCGGUGUAUGAGGCACGCUUCUGGAAUCCUCCGAAGGACCAGGUAUACAAGUUCAAGAACCCGCGGCCCCCGCAGCCGAAGAGUGUGCGCAUAUACGAGGCGCACGUCGGUAUAUCGUCUCCUGAACCCAAGGUCGCCACGUAUAAGGAGUUCACUGCGAAUGUCCUACCGCGUAUUCACAAGCUGGGCUACAACACCAUCCAGCUCAUGGCCAUCAUGGAGCACGCAUACUAUGCUUCAUUCGGCUACCAGGUGACCAACUUCUUUGCGGCCAGUUCUCGCUACGGCACACCCGAGGAACUCAAGGAGCUGAUCGACACUGCGCAUGGAAUGGGGAUCACCGUUCUGCUCGAUAUCGUACACUCGCACGCAUGCAAGAACGUCCUCGACGGCCUGAACCUCUUCGACGGUACAGACCACCUCUACUUCCACGAGGGUGGCAAGGGUCGCCACGAGCUCUGGGACAGCCGUCUCUUCAACUAUGGGUCGCACGAGGUCCUCCGCUUCCUCUUGUCAAACUUGCGCUUCUGGAUGGAGGAGUACAAUUUCGACGGCUUCCGCUUCGACGGUGUGACCAGCAUGAUGUACAGUCAUCAUGGUAUCGGCACGGGCUUCUCUGGUGGCUACCAUGAGUACUUCGGCGACGGCGUUGACCUCGAGGGUGUUGUCUAUCUCAUGCUCGCGAACGACGCGAUGCAUGAGCUUUAUCCGGACAUCAUCACUAUCGCCGAGGACGUCAGUGGUAUGCCACUGCUCUGUGUACCAUCGAAGACCGGUGGUGUCGGCUUUGACUACCGCUUAAGCAUGGCGAUUCCGGACAUGUGGAUCAAGCUGCUCAAGCACAAGAGCGACGAUGAGUGGAACAUGGGCAAUAUCGUCCACACGCUUACGAAUAGGCGAUACAAGGAGAAGAGUGUUGCGUACGCGGAGAGUCACGACCAGGCGCUUGUCGGUGACAAGACUCUCGCCUUCUGGCUCAUGGACAAGGAGAUGUACACGCACAUGUCUGACAUGACCGAGAUGACACCCGUCAUCGCCCGCGGUCUUGCCUUGCACAAGAUGAUCCGUCUUCUUGUACACGCUCUCGGCGGUGAAGGCUAUCUCAACUUCGAGGGCAAUGAGUUCGGGCAUCCCGAAUGGCUCGACUUCCCACGCGCCGGCAAUAACAACUCGUUCCAAUACGCUCGCCGUCAGUUCAACCUUCCCGACGACAGUCUAUUGCGGUACAAGUACCUAAACUCGUUUGACGCUGCGAUGAACAACACCGAGGAGAAGUACGGCUGGCUCGCGGCAGACCCCGCAUAUGUCAGCCUCAAGCACGAGGGGGACAAGGUCAUCGUGUUUGAGCGGGCAGGUCUGCUGUUCGUGUUCAAUUUCCACCCCGUGAACAGCUUCACGGAUUACCGUGUCGGCGUGGAGGUUCCAGGGACGUACAAGAUCGUGCUGAGCAGCGAUGACAAGGAUCUCGGAGGGUUCGCCAAUGUCGACAAGACCGUCAGUUUCGAGACGACGGCGAUGGAGUGGAACGGGCGCAAGAACUGGGUCCAGGUAUACAUCCCGAGCAGGACGUGCAUCGUACUGGCGAAGGUUUGA